GUUGGUUUUGACUUUUGACAGUUCAUUAAAAACAAGAGCAAGAGCAUUCAACCCAUUCAACUUUCAAAUAAGCUCGCCGCGCUCAUGGCUUUUUUAACGGAAAAUCGGCAAAAAUUGAUACGAAAAUAAAGAAUACAACUAUCUAUGCAUUUAGGAAACUAAGGAGAAAACCGAAGGACAAUUUCCGAUCGAGGUAGGUUAGAAUAAUGGACCGAAGCCCUGCCACGGUCACCUACAAGGACCUACUACUCGGGAAACUUUCGUACUCCGUCAUCUGUAGUGUAUUAUCACAACUAGUCCUCCUACAAGUAUAUAUAUUCUUUACAAACACAAAUAUCUUCCAUCCUCAACAGUGGAUUCGAUCAACAUUUGCAGUCUUUGCUUCAGUCAGUACAUGGCUCUAUGUUAUACCAUUUGUCUCAAUAAUAUUUGCACAAUCCAUAAUUUGUGCUAAGGACUAUGUGUUAAAGCAAGAAUAUUGUUCAACAAGAUUCCAGAGCUUUUUGUCGGUUUUAUCAAUCAGGAAUUUUGUUCUUUUGAUAUUAAAUGUUGUUAUAGGGGCAACUUUAGUAUGGCUUUUUUCAUCUUUAGGGGGAGGGCAUUACCAGAGUUUAACAAGAAACUGUAACAAGCUUCAUUAUUGUUUGAAUGAAGGUUCAUUUAUGCUUAUUAUCAGUGGCAUAUGGAGUGGACUUUAUUACUUUACAAAAAUUUAUGUAUCUAAAAAACAUCUAUCUUUUCCUGUGAUACAUCAAAGAAAGUUACUACAGUUUAAAGCUCAACUGGUACCUUUACUAAAGGAAAGUAUUAUAUCUUCAUUUUGGCCAACAUUUUACUUUGUUAUAAUAUACAUGUUUUGGGGAGAGUCUCUUGCAGAUAGCUUCAGAAACAUGUUUAGUCUGCUCAAAGAAAAAGACUGUUACAUUGGAAUACAAGCGUAUUUUUGCAUGUGGAUUUUUGCAGCACUAUAUAACUUCAACAUGAAUCUAAUGCAAUUCUUUUUUAAUUUAUUCCUAACAGAACCUGUCGAGUUUCCAAUGCAACAUGUACCAAAUUCACUCUGUCUUCAAGAAUGCCUAAAUGUGUCAGAAUGGCCCAUAAUUCAAAACUUAGCUUGUUAUGAUUUGAACAAUUUGGCAUUGAAUUCAAAAUCUCGCAGACAAGUGUUUUUUACACUAUCUCAACCAGGAGGUCAUCCUCACAACUGGAAUCAUUUAGUAGAAAAUGUUCUGAAACUCUUCCAAGAAUAUACUAAUCAAAUAGAUAAAUCUGCAGUUGUAACAGAAAAUAUGCCAAAAGCUGCUUUACAACCUCAAAAUUUGUUCCAACACAACUAUCCAGCAAUAAAAAGUGCUAUAAAAUCUCCAGAGAGGUAUCAGAACUUCCGUAACAUGUCUUUGAUGUACAACACAGGUUUAGAUGAAGAAAUAACAGUUGAGAUAACUCGCGUUCCAAUAAAUUGGAAUCUGAUACAGAACCUAAUAGACAAAAUUAAGCAAAAAGUUAACAGUGCCAUCUCUGUUAUCAAAAUACUCUUAGGUAUAAAUUUUUUAUUUGGAGAGUUACCACAAGCAAACAUCCAAACAUGCUUAGCAAAUGGGUAUGUAAUAAUUUGGGCCAGUCAAGGAAUCUCAGAUAUAGUUUGUGCAUCUCUUGUAGAAGACCAGUAUGGAAUCGUACAAAAAGAUUUGCCAGCUAUUAUCAAUACAUUGGUGCAGUUGAAACAUGCUUUAGAUAAGUUAAAUAAAAUUCCUGCUUUAACUAGAAAAAUGGCAGGAUACAAUGACUUUAACUUCAAAAUGAAGAAUGCUGUCAACUAUGCUGUAAGAAGGAGUUUGUUCAAUAUAUGUAAGACAUUUGGAAAAUAUUUGAAUGAUUUACCAUUGAGUAAAGACACUGUCUUCUAUCUGCAGACUUUGUACAGGGUUUAGGCAUUGGUUUAGGAUAGUAUCGGUAUGUAAUUUAUUAAACGUGUUUUUCACAAUGUUUCCUAUUGAUAUAAAAAUAAAGUUUGAUUUUUAAAGUAACA